UUGUAGCCAAACGUGGCCAUUUAAAGGCGGUGCUCUUUACUUUUCUUCCUUUCUUUCUCUUUCUCUGUCACUUCACUGAUGAGGCUUCACCAUCUUCUUUGAUCCAGGAGGUUUGUUGUUGGACGACGUAGAUCGAUUUAAUAAAGCAAUGGUUUGGUUCAGAACUGGUUCCUCUCUGGCAAAGCUUGCCAUAAGAAGAACACUCUCUCACUCUCACUUCAGAACAACAACUAGGGUUCUACCUUCUCACACCAGAUGUUAUUUCCACUCCACACCGCUCAAAUCAACCCCCGCUCCCGUCCCACGCCCCGUCCCUCUCUCCAAGCUCACCGACAGCUUCCUAGACGGAACCAGCAGCGUGUACCUCGAGGAGCUGCAGAGAGCCUGGGAAGCCGACCCCACCAGCGUCGACGAGUCUUGGGACAACUUCUUCAGGAACUUCGUGGGCCAAGCCGCCACUUCCCCUGGGAUCUCCGGGCAGACCAUCCAAGAAAGCAUGCGUCUGCUCCUUCUCGUCAGAGCUUACCAGGUCAACGGCCACAUGAAGGCCAAGCUCGACCCUUUGGGUCUUGAGGAAAGAGAGAUCCCCGAGGAUCUCACCCCCGGUCUCUACGGGUUCACCGAGGCUGAUCUCGACAGAGAGUUCUUCCUCGGCGUGUGGAGGAUGUCUGGGUUUCUCUCUGAGAACCGUCCCGUUCAGACGCUGAGGGGUAUACUGUCGAGGCUUGAGCAGGCUUACUGUGGGACCAUCGGGUAUGAGUACAUGCACAUUGCUGAUAGGGAUAAAUGCAACUGGUUGAGGGAUAAGAUCGAGACGCCCACGCCGAGGCAGUACAACAGUGAGCGCCGGGUUGUUAUUUACGAUAGGCUUACCUGGAGCACUCAGUUUGAGAAUUUCUUGGCUACUAAGUGGACCACGGCCAAAAGAUUUGGACUUGAAGGGGCUGAGUCUUUGAUCCCUGGAAUGAAGGAGAUGUUUGACAGGGCUGCGGAUCUUGGAGUUGAGAACAUAGUUAUCGGUAUGCCUCACAGGGGUCGACUUAAUGUUUUGGGUAAUGUUGUUAGGAAACCUCUGCGUCAGAUCUUCAGCGAGUUUAGCGGUGGUACUAGGCCAGUAGAUGAAAUUGGGCUCUACACCGGAACAGGUGAUGUUAAGUACCACUUGGGUACGUCUUAUGAUCGCCCAACUAGAGGAGGCAAACAUCUACACUUGUCUCUGUUGGCAAACCCAAGUCACUUGGAAGCAGUGGAUCCUGUCGUGAUGGGUAAAACCAGAGCGAAACAGUAUUACACCAAAGACGAGAACAGAACAAAGAACAUGGGUAUUUUGAUCCAUGGGGAUGGUAGCUUUGCCGGACAAGGGGUGGUGUAUGAGACUCUGCAUCUUAGUGCGCUUCCUAACUACUGCACCGGUGGAACGGUGCACAUUGUGGUGAAUAACCAAGUGGCUUUCACAACCGAUCCCAGGGCAGGAAGGUCUUCGCAGUAUUGCACUGAUGUUGCAAAGGCUUUAGAUGCCCCGAUUUUCCAUGUCAAUGCGGAUGAUAUCGAAGCGGUAGUGCAUGCGUGUGAGCUUGCUGCGGAGUGGCGCCAGACUUUCCAUUCUGAUGUUGUUGUUGAUUUAGUAUGCUACCGUCGCUUUGGGCAUAACGAGAUAGACGAACCGUCAUUCACACAACCAAAAAUGUACAAGGUGAUACGUAGUCAUCCCUCGUCGCUUCAAAUCUACCAAGAGAAGCUUUUGGAAUCUGGACAGGUAACCAAAGAAGAUAUUGAUAAGAUUCAAAAGAAAGUAAGCUCUAUCCUCAAUGAAGAAUUUGAGGCAAGUAAAGAGUACAUUCCACAAAAACGUGACUGGCUGGCAAGUCAUUGGACUGGAUUCAAGUCACCGGAGCAGAUUUCUAGGAUCCGUAACACUGGUGUGAAGCCAGAGAUUUUGAAGAAUGUGGGGAAAGCAAUCUCAACCUUUCCAGAGAACUUCAAGCCACACAGAGGAGUGAAAAGAGUUUAUGAACAGCGUGCUCAAAUGAUCGAGUCAGGAGAAGGGAUUGACUGGGGACUUGGAGAAGCUCUUGCUUUUGCUACACUAGUUGUGGAAGGCAACCAUGUUCGGCUAAGUGGUCAAGAUGUUGAAAGAGGGACUUUCAGUCAUAGACACUCGGUGCUUCAUGAUCAAGAAACCGGCCAGGAGUAUUGUCCCUUAGACCACCUGACCAUGAACCAAGACCCUGAAAUGUUCACUGUCAGCAACAGCUCUCUUUCAGAGUUUGGUGUUCUGGGAUUCGAACUGGGUUACUCUAUGGAGAACCCGAAUUCUCUGGUAAUAUGGGAGGCUCAGUUUGGAGACUUUGCCAAUGGCGCACAAGUGAUGUUUGAUCAGUUCAUAAGCAGUGGAGAAGCCAAAUGGCUCCGUCAAACCGGGCUAGUAGUUCUGCUUCCUCAUGGAUAUGAUGGACAGGGUCCUGAACAUUCCAGUGGAAGAUUAGAACGUUUCCUUCAGAUGAGUGAUGACAAUCCUUUUGUCAUCCCUGAGAUGGAUUCAACUCUUAGAAAACAGAUUCAAGAGUGUAAUUGGCAAAUUGUUAAUGUUACUACACCUGCAAACUACUUCCACGUUCUGCGUCGCCAGAUACACAGGGAUUUCCGCAAGCCUCUUAUAGUGAUGGCUCCUAAAAACUUGCUUCGACACAAGAAGUGUGUAUCUAACCUCUCGGAGUUCGAUGAUGUUAAAGGACAUCCUGGUUUUGACAAGCAAGGAACCAGGUUUAAACGGUUGAUUAAAGAUCAAAGUGGUCACUCGGAUCUUGAAGAAGGUAUCCGACGUCUAGUCCUCUGCUCUGGGAAGGUUUACUACGAGCUUGACGAAGAGCGACAAAAGUCUGGAACAAACGACAUAGCCAUCUGCAGAGUAGAACAGCUUUGUCCAUUCCCUUACGAUCUCAUUCAGAGAGAACUAAAGCGAUAUCCAAAUGCAGAGAUAGUGUGGUGUCAAGAAGAGCCGAUGAACAUGGGAGGAUAUCAGUAUAUAGCACCAAGGCUUUGCACGGCCAUGAAAGCACUGAACAGAGGAAGCUUCAGCGACAUCAAAUACGUUGGGCGUCUUCCUUCAGCUGCUACAGCCACUGGUUUUUACCAGCUUCAUGUUAAGGAGCAAACCGAUCUUGUUCACAAAGCUCUUCAACCUGACCCCAUCACCCCUAUCCUCCCUUAAAUGGCCCAUUAAGGAUAUAUAUAAAUAACAGCUUCAGCUCUUGAAGCCCAUAAGAGUCUUCUCUGAGAAAAAGAACAUGUUUGCUUGAGAGUUUCAUUUCAAUUUGGUUUGAAUGUUUCUGGUUUAGUUCGGUUAUCAAUAAAAAUGAUGUAAUCAAACAUAAAUAUUUUCUCCGUUUCAAAAUAUUACAUAUUUUUAUA